CAGCAGUUCAGUAUUAGCGCCCAAAGGAAUAUAAAGUCUUGCGUCGUCGUCUGAUACCGCAUUCUCAGUUUGUCCGUAACGCGACCGGUGCCGGUGUUUUCUGUGUGCCCGCAGAGAUUAAACAAGGAGAGUGUUAAGUACUUCAAAUAUUCGAGAAUGUUUGGCGCUUCGAAUGCAAAUUUGUCCCCGUUGAUGAUGUGGCCGCAGGCAAACGGUCCGGCAGAUCUGGAGGAGGAGGUCCUUGAAGUGCUGAGUGUGGACUCUUGCAUUGGCGAGAAUGGAGAGGCUCAUCGUACGGGGAGGUUCGAAUUGAUGAACCGGUCGGAGAUUGACGAGAGUCCUUCGGUGCUGGUUGUGAGGCGUGGUCAGCCGUUUAAGCUGGUGGUGCACUGUAACAGGUCGUUCGAUGAAGAUCGCGAUGUGAUUUCGUUGAUGCUGGCCGUUGAUCCGAAGGACGAGGAUAAGAUAAGUCACGGGCAUGGCACGGUGGUGUAUCUGCCGGUGGAAUCGCGUUCUGAAAGUGUGGAAGAUGAGCAUGAUUGGAGAGCGACUUUGGAUGCUAUUGAAGAUAACGUGCUAACUGUAAGCGUUACAACCUCAGCUUUGGCGUCGGUAUCGAGGUGGCAGCUUUCUAUCGACACCAAGUUGGUCGAUACGGAGCAGAUCAAGAGCUAUGGAACCUCGGUUCAGUUCUACUUGUUGUUUAAUCCGUGGUGCGAAAGUGAUCCUGUGUACCUGGAGGGCGAAGAUCUUCGUGAAGAAUACGUUCUAAGUGAUACUACUUUGAUUUGGCGGGGAUGUGAACGAAGCUUUCAUCCAACGAUCUGGAAGCUAGGGCAGUUUGAGCGAGACAUCUUGGACUGUAGUCUGCUGCUGCUAUCCAAGGUGGGACGAGUUACGGCAACUUAUCGUGGUAAUCCAGUGCGUGUUGCACGAGCCCUCUCGGCUGCCAUCAACAGUAACGACGAUAAUGGAGCAUUGUUUGGCUUUUGGGGCAAGGACUUUAGCGGUGGAACCGCCCCUACAAAGUGGGUGGGAUCGGUUGACAUUCUCCAGCAGUACUAUCAAACGAAACGCAGCGUAAAGUAUGGCCAGUGCUGGGUAUUCUCCGGUGUACUCGCUACAGUUGCUCGUGCAAUCGGUAUUCCGUGCAGAGUCGUAUCAAACUUUAAUUCUGCGCACGAUUCAGAAGCUUCGCUGACGAUCGAUUACUACUUCGGGGAGGAUAACAAGCAUCUGAAGGAAUUCAGUUCGGACAUGACAUGGAAUUUCCACGUCUGGAACGAGCUGUGGAUGAAACGGUCGGAUCUGGGAUCUGGAUCGGACGAGCUGUACGACGGUUGGCAAGCCGUAGAUGCAACGCCGCAGGAGUUGUCCGACGGAAUGUACAAGUUAGGACCGGCUCCAGUCAAGGCAGUGCGUCGUGGAGAAAUUAACGUGCUGUACGAUUGUGAUUUUGUGUUUGCAGAAGUGAAUGCAGAUGAGAUCUACUGGCGUUAUCAAGGAUCGGGACAUCCGUUGAAACUUAUGAAGAAAGAUCCAGCGCGAAUUGGGCAAUUCAUUAGUACGAAAGCGAUUGGCAAAUUUGAACGCGAAGACAUUACCGGGUCGUACAAGUUUGAAGAGCGAUCGUGUGACGAAAGAAUCAUUAUGAUGAAAGCUCUCAAACAAGCAAGUAACCCAUUUGCAAGAAUUCAUUUGGGUGAGGAAUUCAGCGACAUCGAUAUCAACGUGGAAGUGAGGAAUGACGUAAAGGUCGGUGAACCUUUCACGAUUACCGUGAACAUAAAGAACAACUCCUCAGACACGGGAUAUCCGGUUGAAGGGAUCGUCCACGUGGACACCAUUCUGUACAACGGAACCGGUAGAAAACCUCUAAAGGCGAUGCCGUUCAACCUACAAGUAGACCCCGAUUCAACCGCCUCGGUAGAGCUGAACGUCGAGUUCGAAGAGUACCACAGCGUAGUCCUCGACCAAGCAUACUUCAAAAUCCUCUGCUCGGCCAGCAUCGAAGGAACGACGUACGAGUUCUUCCGCCAGGAUGACUAUCGCGUACGAAGGCCGGACAUCAAAAUCAACCUGGACAACGAACCCGUCAGCAAGGCUCCACUGUACGUGACAGCCACACUUCAAAACCCGAUGCCGAUCCCGCUGACCGGAGGGCAGUUUCGGUUCGAGUGUUCCGGAGUUUGGCAACCGGUGGAAAUUCCGUGCGAUUACAUUGGCGCCGGGGAGGAGACGGUGGUCAAGUUCCGCGUUUGGCCGCAGUUUGACGGAAAGGCGCAGAUUGCGGGGAAGUUCAAUGCGACCGAGUUGAACGAUGUGGACGGGUUCCUGGCGUUCGAGGUGGAUUUGAACAAGGAGGUGAACGCGGGUCGCUCGUUGAAUGAUGGGUUGGUGUUUGCUUAAAUGUUUUAAAGUGUUAUGAAAUAAAGUUUAUUCCAAAUAGUUAUUAAA